ACCAAGCUUAACUAGAUAGCAACAGGAUGCAGCAUAAUAACGCAAUGGAAUGCCAAAUACGUAGCGGUGAGAGACGCUAUCUCGGGUUUUACUUUUAAAAGAAUAUUUACAGGUUUAAUUGAAAAUAUAACUUGAGGAAUGUGCGGAUAUAAUUAAAGGGUCACGUUAAGUUCUGCAAAUGAGCAAUAUGAUGAUUUUAAUAAGCAGUGUGAUGGUUUACCUACAGCUUCGCAUUACAAACAAGGCUGAAAGGAAUAUCAACAGACGAUGAAUCCAAAAUACAACCUGUAUAGUUGAUAUGUAUGUAUCAUGAAGAAAACUUGAAAUCUAGGAAACAUCAUGGAAGGGAGAAGUAAACACGAUGACCCAGCUGUGGGUUCUAAAGCACAGGUGAAAGAUUUGCUAACCCACAUGGACCCUAUGAUAUAUUUAGCAGGGACAGCUGACAACACUUCCGAGAUGUUAUCCUAUUUGGCUGAUAUGGAUCCUGCCUUCCACAAAUUGGAACUUGUCAAGAGCUUGCGAAAGUUUAUGCGAGAGAAACUUAGUACAAAUAUUGAAAAAUAUGUUGAUGAUUAUUUGCAAGAGCAGAAAGGAAAAAUGAGAUCUGAGAAUCCAGUCGAUAGUCUUGUUGAGCGAGUAACCUCAAGUGAAGAAUUUCCAGCUCUUGUAACUAAUAUCAAGGAAAACCUUGAAACUUCAGUACUAGAUAUCACUAACCACUUUGAUGAUGAAAUAGUUACGGGGAUAUUUGCAGAGGAAGAGGAUGAGCUGGCGUACAAUGUAAGUCCAAAUGAAUCCAACGAGUCGUCCCUCAACUCUUCCCUAAACCAGUCAGGUUUGUUGUUCCUACACCCAGCUCAGUAUCAGAAUAUUGCUAAGGCUUUUCAAAUCAAAAGGGACCUGCAGGGUUGGACUGAUUCCUUAAACAUAUUAAUUGCAGUGACACCAGGAGAACCAGUGAUGCAGGACUGUUGGCCUGAUAUCAAGAGAGGACUUAGAGAAUGUCUUUUUGAAGAUUCAGAAGAGGUUUUUGAGAAGUCUCUGAAAGUCCACAGCAAAAUUCUUACAUCACAAGUGCAUAAUGCUGUCAAAGAAGCAUACUUAAACCUUAUUGAGGCUGUAGCUGGAUUUUAUUUGUCCAAAAGACUUAUUAGUAAGAUUCCAUUAAAGGAAGAGCCAGUUGAUUUGAAAGGUUGUGAAAAAGUUCUAAGGAUAAUAAAAAUAUUAGUAGAGUUUCAAAGAGAACUUCCUCUUUUAUGGAUACGUUAUCCUGAAAGAUUCAUUGAUGACAUGGUGGAGGCAACAUUUAGCCUUUUAGCAUUAAAUCUUGGUAAUAAGGAUAGUAAACAUGCAAGUGUAUUUGACCUCUAUUCUAUCAUUGACCCACAGGCAUUAUGGUUCAGAAGCUGGGUUCAUGGGCAGUGGGGAAGGAAUAAGACAUUCUCUGCCAUGAAAAGCAAUUCUGUUGUAUUAUUAUAUUCUGUGUCCUUUUGCAUCCAGCAUCUAGAAAAUGAAUUGGGGGAUCUAGAGGCAAAUACAGGUACUGUAUUGAAUGCAAGUAUUGUACAACAUUUGAGGUUCACAUUUUUCUUGCACUUCAUUAUGUCUGUGAUAAGUUUUUCCGAUGGCCGAAAACUCUUCCCUGUGAAUAUUCCUUCCAAAGAAGAGCUGGUGACUAUCCAGGCAUUAAUUCAAAUACUUAUAAAGGCUAUAGAUAUUAAAGCAUCCAAGCCUGUCAUCAUGGAGAUCAGUACUCAGUUCCAGCAGUUUUGUGCUCAAGAUGAGUUAAAGUGUUGGAUAUUGUGUGAUUCUGGUGUCAUUGAAUCACUUCUCCAAGAAGGUAGUAGUUUAGAGGCUCUGUUGUGUGAGAAAAAAGAGGACAUUGGACAAAUGGAAAUACCAACACCUUUUGUCCAAGCAUUUCUUUCAAUUAUGGAGUCAAUACUAUCAACUCAGAUGGGCCAGAAAUAUUUGCUUCUUGGGAGGAAGAGAAAACCCAGUUCUAAAUCCGGACUUUCAUGUGUAACAAGCAGCCCAGCGCAUGAGAUUAUGGAUUUUAUCCUUGCUCUUUUGAAAAGUAAGAAUGUAAGCUCAAAUUUAAAGAGGCUUUGUAUCUGUGUCUGCUGCUCCAUGAUAUCAUCCCCUGUAGGAGUCCAUAUCUGUAUUGAACAUCCUCUGUUUGAAAAUCUAAUUGAGUAUCUCCAGGAAAAGAGUGAUUCCAUAUCACCUCAAAAAUUACCACGGGGAGAUGCACCAAGAGAGAAUGAACCGCUGCAUCUUAGUAUUCCUCAGUCUCUCCCACUCUUGACCGCUCUGCUCUUCACCUACAAAGGAGUGUAUCUGCUAGAAAGUAAAGGUGUGUUAUCACUAGCCGUCACUCAGGUACUGUCAGAAAUGGCACGGAAAGGAGAUGUUAGCACAAAAGUCCUUUCAUACAUCUGCAGUUCUAGUAAAGGUUGUUCUCUUAUUGGGAAUCUGAAUGUUCUUCGACCUUUCUGGAAUACUCUGUGUUGUAAAGUCAACCAGGAGGACGAAUUACCCUGGCCAACCCCCGAGGAAGACAGAGAGGAAGAUAUAAUUGGGGCAAUGGCUCCUCUUACAGUCUUCACAUCAACUUUUCAAGGUACGCAGCUUCUCUUCAAUGAGGUAGGACUCCGUGAUGUUUUGCUGAAGCCACUCUUUGCUGAUGAUGAAAUGCUGGAAGAGACCCACUCUAUUGCCUUACAUCUCCUAAGUUCUGCUACAAGUGUCUUAGAUUCUGUUGCCUUUCUUCAGGCAUCAUUUAAAUAUCAGGAAAAUUUACUUUCACAACAACAGCAUAUGCAAUCAAGUGAUGGCACUGCUGUAAUUGUGGAUGAGAACUCAAUUCUCAGAAAUCAUAUCCUUGUAAAAUCAUACAUGUUAGGUGGCAGUGGGGAGAGAUGGGUUCCCCCUAUGGUUAUUGAGGAGGUUACAUCAGCAAGUAUGCCACCUUUGUUCAUUCAGUAUCCACUUCCUAGAGAAUACACUCCUGAGAAACCAAUCAAAUCCAUGCAUAAAAAACAGAAUGAUGUGUGGAGGUUUCUCACUGACACACGUCAUGGACUGCAUGACAUAGGAUGGUUGAACCAUUGCCGUAAAGCUGUUCGCACUGUCCUUAUGUCUGGAGAAGAUAUCAAGACUUGGUUGGUAAUGGAUAUUGUAGAACGAGCAGUUCGUUCACUUUUGACAUCUGCUGAGGAAUUAUUGCCAGGAUCCCCAUUUGUUCCUCCAGCCUCAGGUGGUUCAGUUACCACAUCCUCAUCUGGGGGCUCAUCUCCUAGUGGUCUUGGCAUUGGCCAAGACUUGUCAUCAACACUAAUUUCUCAGAUGAUAUCUGAUCCAGAUGAUAAGUUAACAACCAUUACUGGUACACAACUUGUGGCUGUGGAACUUAUUUUGAGGUAUGGAAGUGACCUUCAGGUAUUAACAGGUAGUGGACUUGUAAAAGAAAAUCUCAUAAAUCUGUUGAAGUUUACACAAUCAAACAUACUCUUGUCAACGGCAGAGAAAUGUGACUGGUUUACCAUGGUUUUGUUUCUACUUUUUGGUGGAAAUCCUGACAGAUGCCAAUUCGUCCUCCUAAACAUGAGUGGCCUUCUGAUAGGGGGCAUCAUGUGGCCUUCCUUUUCUGACUCCCUGAUGGCUUCUCAUGAACUUCUUCCUGGAGAAAUCACUCUGGCUGGGAUCAUACACAAUGUUCAGCUGGUAAUGAGCAUCGAGCUCCCAAUCCUCUUCAUGUCAAUACAGAAAAGUGCCACCUGCCUUUGGAGUGUUGUUGGCGAAUGGGUGCGGUGUAUAUUCCUGGGAGUUUUGCCUUGGAAUGAGGUCUGUCACUAUCUCAUGCUGGUGUUACUUCAAGGUCCUGAUUAUGCUGUUUACUUUGUAGUAGCUCUCCUCAGGCAUAUCCAGAGUGUAAUCAACAAGCAUGCAGGUUCACCUAAAGCACUUAUUGUUUUGCAGACUGUAUCAAUAAAUGGAUGGCGUGCUGGUGAUCACCUCAAUUUCAUGGAGGUUCUGUCUCGUCGUCACAGGAGAACAGUCCUGCCAGCUCUCUUGACACCCUUUAGUAAACUACGCCAUCAGUACACCCCAAGACAGCUGUAGUCUGCAUAUGUAAAAAUUAAAUUAAUGAUGGUAAUGGAUAUGCAGCAUUACUAUUUGAAUUAUACAAUAGUUCUUCUGUUUCUGAUCAAAAUAUUUUUUGUAGAAAUUUUGUUUAUUAUUCAUCUAUAUCUAUCUAUCUAUCUAUCUAUCUAUCUAUCUAUCCAUCUAUCUAUCUA